UGCCUGCAUCUCGCGACACCUAAUCCAAGCGUUGAGCAGAGCGGAUGCCGCGGCGUCGAUGUUGAAGUGCUCCGGAGGAACCGGUCCCGAUACCUUAUCGGCCUUCUUCAAACGGCGACAGACCGGCCGUCGAUUUCGGAAGAUAAUUCCGCCGAUUCCUCGCCUCGUCUUCUUGCACGCCUUGCAGUGUUCGAGGCGCCCGCACUGCUGUCCUACUGCCGCCGCGUACUAUUUGCGCAGUGCCCGAGGAUAAUGUCACGGCAGGUUGCGUGUGUGCACGCCCUGGUGUGGGUACUGCUGUACGUCGGAACCAUAGGAGCUGAUGUCGAAUCCACGUUCUACAAAUGCUGCCAAGAAGGCAACAUGUGGGCGGCGUCCGCGUCCAGUUGCGACAGUCUCGCCAAGAAAGCAUUGGCUUCGGUCGUUUCCGAAGAACACCGCUCGUCGUGCGAGAUCACCAUGGAUAUAUGCUGCCGAGCCACCAUGAGAGAGCGGUUUUGUGACGCCGGAAAGGCAGCCGCUCGCAGCAACAAGGGAUGCGAAACCCCGGAUGAUCAGUGCCCCGGAGACACCUACAAGGACUGCUGUGACGGCUGUCGCCUAGGUCUGGCAGCCGCCAAGCUGGGCACGUCCUGCAACUUCGAUACUUUCUCGCUCGGUCUGCCCUGGGACGACGCCUUCCAGCACUGCUGCACGGGAAAGGACGAGCAGUCGGCAGCUCCGGACCACGAAAACGAAGUGCUUGUUCCCACGAAUGGCAAGGGUCCGAAAGAAGGUUGCCCCGCUGGAUUCAAGAUGCGAGACGAUGGAUCCUGCAUGCCCAUCGGCCCCCCUCAAGAACAUCACCCGAAGCCAGCCGACGGACACCUCUGCGAGCAGUACAACCCGUGCAUGCACAAGUGCCGCAACUCCGGCACCACACUCGUCUGUGAAUGCCACGAGGGAUACAGGCUGGAAGAGGACAACAAGAGCUGCGCAGAUGUGGACGAGUGCAGUGACGGAACCCAUAACUGCGACCUUAUGACGCACGAGUGCAUGAACAAGCCAGGAGGCUUCGGGUGCAUUCCCAGGAGCGAUACCGACGUUCCCAGUGUCGACAGUGAAACCCCGCAGCAGUGCGAAGCCGGAUUCAAGUAUAACAGUGCCAUGAAGGACUGCAUAGACGUGGACGAGUGUUCCGAGGGCCUGGAUGACUGUGGCAUGGAGCAGCAGACGUGCCUCAACACCUACGGAGGGUUCCAGUGCCUCUCCAAGGACGGCAAGGAAUGCCCGGCCGGCUACAAGUGGAACGAGGACUCCUGUGCCGACGUAAACGAAUGCGCCGAGUCGCUGCACGCGUGCGAUGCAAGGUUCGAGGAAGAAUGCAAGAACACGGUGGGAGGCUACGUGUGCAAUCCCAUGUGCUCCAAGGGUCUUCGCUACAGCCACCACUUCGAAAAGUGCCUUGAUGUUGACGAAUGUCAAGAAGGAACUCACACGUGCGGUUCAGUUCAACUCUGUACGAACACGGAGGGUGGUUUCACCUGUCGAACCACUGAACAGUGCCAGAAAGGAUUUCGAUACAAUCGAGUCACUCGCAAGUGCGAAGAUAUCGACGAGUGUCAAGAGCGAACGCAUGACUGCAACCUCCGGUCGCAGGCAUGCAUCAACGUCAACGGUAGCUAUUCCUGCAGAAACAAAAUUCGCUGCCCCGCAGGAUAUCGACUCGACGAAAACACGCGUUCCUGCAUCGACGUUGACGAGUGCCUCCAUGGCCUUCACUCGUGCUCCUCGCGGGAAUCGAAAUGCGUCAACACAGUGGGCAGUUACCGUUGCAUCAAGAAGUCCCGGUAUUACGACUGUCCCCGAGGAUUCGUCUACAGUUCUCACCUUAAAGGAUGUGAAGACGUGGACGAGUGUGCUGAGGGGCUGGAUGGCUGCAGCGAUGACCAGGUGUGCGUCAACGCCGUGGGAAGUUUCAGCUGCGUGCCGAGAGCCCCCCAAGCAUGGUGCCACAGAGGCUACCGGAGGGAUCCAGUGACCAGACGUUGCGAAGACAUCAACGAGUGCCAAGAGUACACGCACUCGUGCGUAGGCGACAUGGUCUGCAUCAACACCAAGGGAAGCUACAUGUGCGAAAAGCGCCAACCGACUAACCCCGGGGUCAAGGAUCACUCCGGAGGUCAGCACGGCAACGGACACUCGAACAAGUGCGCCCCCGGCAUGAGAUCCGAUCCCCUGACCGGCGACUGCCGAGACAUCAACGAGUGCGAAGAACAGCGACCGUGCGGAGAAAACGAGCGGUGCCACAACCUGAUCGGCACGUACACAUGCACCUGCAUGGACGGAUACCGACGCGACAGCUCCACAGGCCCCUGCAAAGACAUCAACGAGUGCCAGUACGGAGGACACAACUGCCAGAUCGGAUUUCGCUGCGACAAUACGCCGGGCUCUUUCACCUGCGUUCGGAGCUCGGGCUGUGGAACUGGCUACACCGUGAAUUUCGCCACGGGACUGUGCGAAGACGACGACGAAUGCCUGAUGGGCGUGCACAACUGCCAGCCGGGGUUCGUGUGCCGGAACACGGAAGGAUCAUUCCGCUGCGACCGCGACAGCUGCCCUGGCGGUAGCAAGCUCCUUCCGGACGGAAGCUGCGAGGCUCUCAACUGCUCGGCCGGAAUGAAGACCGAUAUCUUCGGAAAGUGCGUUGACAUCAACGAGUGCCACAACCGCUCCCUUUGUGGCCGCUACCACCGAUGCAUCAACACCGUGGGCUCCUACCAAUGUGAAAGUCUGCUGACGUGCUCUGCUGGCUACGAACCCAACCAGAAAGGGAAUCAGUGUUUGGACGUUGACGAAUGUGCCCUGGGAACUCAUGACUGCAAGAGUGACCAGAACUGCCAUAAUACACCCGGAAACUACGUCUGCGAGUGUCCCAUCGGUUUCCAUAUGAACACCUUCAGAGAAUGCGAAGACAUUGACGAGUGCACACGAUUUCGUGGAAAGGUGUGUUCAGUCAACUCAGACUGCACCAAUACGCCCGGGUCUUACACGUGCGAGUGUAAGGACGGCUUCAAAAGAGGUGUCGAUCCGAGAUCGUGCAUAGAUGUGAACGAGUGCGAGGACGAGACCGACUCGUGCGACCACACCUGUAUCAACGUUUGGGGAUCGUACCAGUGCACCUGCAAGAUGGGGUACCGGCUAGCGGAAGACGGGAGAGCAUGCAUCGACAUGAACGAGUGCGAGCAGUGGAAGGGCCGUGGUCACCUGUGCAUCGGCACUUGCGUCAACGAACCGGGCUCGUACUCAUGCUCAUGCCCCGAAGGCUACAAGCUGGGUUCGGACAAGAGGACAUGCCACGAUAUUGAUGAGUGCGAGCAAGAGGGAGUCUGCAACGGAGAGAAUGAGGUGUGCCUCAACACGAGGGGAAGUUACCGCUGCAACGUCCUCGACUGCCCUCCCGGAUACAUCCGGGACACCGACCACAAGACCCGCUGCAAGCGCAAGGCUCGCGACUGCGCUCAGAGCAACACCACGUGUCUGGACCAGCCGGUGUCUCUGUCCUACAACUACUACACGCUCGUGAGCAACAUGAAGAUUCCGCCGUCGGGCAGGCUGGACUUCUUUACCAUGAGGGGUCCCCGGUUCAGCUUCUCCACCGUCCAUUUCGAGCUGGAAGUCAUCGAAGCCACGGCUUCCUCCCGAGCGCACGGAGUUGAAGUGGCGACGAAGAAUCACUUUCACAUGCGGCGGACGGGAUUCAACGAGGCCAUGGUGGCUCUGGUUCGGCCUCUUCAGGGCCCUCAGGACAUUCAGCUGCAGCUCCAAAUGAAGAUCUACCAGCACGGGUUGUACGCCGGCAACGCGGUCGCCAAGAUUUUCAUUUUUGUCACCGAGAAUGAAUUCUAGAUCGGGAUUAAAUGUACAGACGAGGAGAAGUUCGGAUGCUCCGUGCUGCUACUCCGUGCAAAAAUGGCAACCAAUUGUCGUAAAGUGAAGUACAGUGACAUUUGAGGAUGCCAUCGAUAUGCGGUAAAGUUAAAACAAAUGUGUGUAUGCGUGUUUUUUUUGUUUUUUUUUUUAUGAUUCACAAUCUAUUUUUUUAGUCUUCGAAAUGACGUGCAUUUUAACAGAAGCAUAACUCUGACCAAAGAAACCAAAAAUAAGGCGUCAUAUUUGUAUCAUUUGUCAUUAAACAAACAUAUUUUUACUUCCCUGGAAAUAUAGCUCCAGCUCCUACCGUUUCGUACAAGUGCGGUCUUUCUUCUUUGCGAAUUAGAGAACGUUUUUGAAGUGUACUAGACAGCUGUAUAGCAUAUCAGGGAAGUUGGAGAGGUUUAGCUAUUCCUAUUAAAAGGGGGUGGGGACUGGGUGUGCAUCAUUGCUUCAUUGUGAACAUAUAUGUCAGAACCCGAACCUGACGAUAAUUAUUGAUAUUUUAGCCUCAUGCAAAUUGCAGUAAAGUACCGGUGUCACCAAACAA